AUGGCGAGAGACACAGAGAUCUCAUUGAAUGAGCGGGCGUUUAUCCUCGAAGCUCUGCACAAGAACGUGCGGCUCGAUGGACGCCGGUUCGACCAGCUCCGGCCUGUCGAGCUGACCUUUGGAGAGGAACAUGGCAGCGUCAAGGUGCAGCUCGGGAAGACAACAGUGCUGGUACGGAUAUCCGCCGAGCUGACGACUCCACGGCCUGAGCGCGAUUGUGACGGGAUCUUCACUGUGGUGGUGGAAUUGAACGAUAUGGCUCUACCGGGCUACGAGACCGGACGGCCGUCGGAGCUGGAGGUCAGCUUGUCCCGCACUCUCGACAAGAUCGUUCGACGGUCCAAUGCGCUGGACACGGAGUCCCUCUGUAUCUCGAAGGGAAUGAUAUGCUGGAACGUGCGGGCAGACAUCCACAUACUCGACUGUGACGGCGGGCUGGUCGAUGCGAGCUGUCUUGCCAUCAUGGCGGGACUGCUUCACUUCCGGCUGCCGGAAUCUACAGUGCGAGACGGCGAGGUGACCGUCUUCACUACGGAGGAGAAAGUGCCUGUGCAGCUGAACCUGACCAAGAUCCCGCUGUCAGUGACCUUUAAUCUCUACGACGAGGGGAAGAUCAUGCUCCUGGACGCUACCACGAGCGAGGAGGCAGUUAGUGAAGGGUCGUUGGUCGUUGCUCUCGACAAGACGGGGGAGAUUGCGCUGUACUCGAAGCCUGACGGAGCACCGGCGGACCCGGUGAACAUGGUGAGCAGCUCUACGCUUGCGCUGGAGAAGGUGAGGGAGCUUAACAAGCUGCUUUCCGCGCGGCUGGCGGAGGACAAACAGAUGCGGGAGAAGAAACGGCCGACGGCAGGGCUCAGCGCUGCCCACGAGAGGUGA